AUGGAAACGAGUACUCUCACCUUGGAUUCACCUGCUUUACUGAGCACACAAGGCGUACAGGAAUAUUUGUGCAAACAUGGAGUUACUGAGGCCAAUCUUCAAUCUAUCAGGACUCAUCAGAUCGACGGAGUGGCUUUUUGUCUUUUAUCUGACAAAGAUCUCCUCGAAAUAGGCAUCACAUGUGUGGGACAAAGAAAACGAAUCCUGUUUGCAUCCGCUCAGUAUCGCAGUUUUGUGAUGAAUAACUUCAAUGGCCACUUGUUCGGUGUUCGAAAUUUAAAAAACUCGGAAAUGUUCGAUAACGAAUCUGGCAAGACCCAGGUUUUCGAUUUUUGCUAUUCUAAGCACAAUGGAUGUGCUUCUCGAGGUGAUUCUCCGGGUUUUUGGAGUGAGGUACAUCACGAUUCGGCAGAGCAUGUUGUUGAGACAAACCCGAAACCGUGGAAGGUCUUAGUUAGUGCCUUAUACUUAUUUCUCGUCGCUGGUAUCACGUCGUUUGUCAUGGUCAUCGCCCAUGAACGGCUACCUGAUAUUUCCAAGUAUCCUCCUCUGCCAGAUUUGCUUUUGGAUAACAUUCCCUACAUCGAUUGGGCCUUUGAAGCAGCGGAAUGGGUUGGCGUUGUUCUAGGUCUUGUGUGGGCCGUAAUCCUUAUAUUCCACCGUUAUCGUUGCAUCUUGUUACGACGAUUUUUCGCGAUUUCUGGCACUGUUUUCCUUCUACGGUGCGUCACCAUGAUUAGCACUUCACUGAGUGUUCCCGGUGAACAUUUAGCUGAACAAUGCACUCCAAAAGCUUUCAUAAAUAACACAGUCCGGUUCCAUCGAUUUUUGGAGAUUUGGCUAGGAAUGGGAAUGUCUAUACGUGGAAUCCAAACCUGUGGUGACUACAUGUUCAGCGGACAUACGACUAUGCUCACUCUUCUGAACUUCUUCAUUACGGAAUAUUCGCCUCGGAAUAUUCAAGUAAUUCAUACCUUCUCAUGGGUUCUCAACCUGUUUGGAGUUUUCUUCAUACUCGCUAGUCAUGAGCACUACUCGAUCGACGUAUUUGUUGCAAUAUACGUUUCAUCUCGUCUAUUUCUGUACUAUCAUUGUCUAGCUAAUAACCGGAUUUUGCAUCAGGAAGAUAAGAAUCGAGCAAUGAUCUGGUUUCCUUUAUUCACGUUUUUCGAAUAUGAUGUGUGCGGGAUUGUACCGAACGAGUAUGAAAUUCCAUUUCGUUCUUUCUGGCUUAAACCGCAUUCAUUCUCGCCUCGAUACAACCAUAAAACUCGUUCUUCGCACGAGGAUGUUGAUCCUGGAGCAGACGCGAUGGAAUUGCCCCAUAACCAUCUAAAAGCGCAAUGA